AUGAAACGGAUAUCUAUUGAUGAUAUCGUCGAUGAUGAGGACGAGGUCGAAGCGGUGCAACGUAUGGGAACCGAAAACUGUGUGGUCAUUGCGAUGUUGUUGUCUGUGAAGAAGAGCAAAUUGGUGAGCAUCCAAGAAUUCAUGGGGAGUGCAAACAGUGCUGGAGGCACACGCAGGGGUCGGACUGAAAAAACCUAUGAACGAUGUCUCCUUUUCGGGUCCGAGUUGGAGAUUUUGCCGCUGUCUGCGAACCUCGUUUCCCUGAUAGAGAGUUUCUCUGUGGAACAGCAACCCCAGUUUUCGUUACGGACACGAGGCUCAUGCGAGUACGAGCUUCUCCGUUACCGGUGGCCAUCAGAGAAGUACGACACGUUUGCUAUACCUGACUUGCAGUUCGCAUGUGGAGCCAAGGUCGUUGUUGCUGCAAAAACUGUGGAACCGACGCCUACUCUGCCUGGUACAAUAUAUACUGUUGCUCGGGAGAUCGAGGAAGCUGGGGGAGUCGCUUUGCCGCUUCAACUAGAUCUAAGGGAUGCUGAGUCCUGCGAGAAGUGUGUGGCUGCCGUCAUUGCCAAGUUCGGACGGAUAGAUAUUCUCAUUAACAACGCCAGUGCGAUGUGGUGGCAUUCUAUGGAACAGACUCCCAUAAAGAAGUUUGAUCUGAUAACUUCGAUCAACAGUAGAGGAAGCUUCAUAAUGACUAAGCUAUGUCUACCACAUAUGAAAAAGAACAACUAUGGUAGAGUCAUCAACAUGUCCCCUCCUAUCAGCACUCACUUUAUGAGUUACCGUGGUUUGACGGCAUAUAACAUAAGCAAGUUCGGUAUGACAAUGUCGGCUAUGGGAGCAGCCGCAGAGGGACAGGGACAUAAUGUCACAGGGAACUGUCUGUGGCCUGCAACGGUCGUGGAGUCGCAAGCCGCAACAAAUUUUGAAUUGGGAAGUAAAGACGAUUGGAGGAAAUCCACCAUUCUAGCGGAUUGCGUACUCUGCAUCGUCAAUGAUCCCGAACUUACAGGGGAAAUGCUGAUCGACGAUGAGUAUUUGAGGAGCUCCAGAGUUGGUCUUACGCAGGAGGACCUUGUGAUCUAUCGGAAGAACCCUGCUGUUGAGCCUCGAAGACAUCUGGCCGAGGCAGCCCAGAAAGGCAAGAGUUUCGGCGAACGUGUUAGCCGAGGUGACAUCCGUCAAGUUGCAGUUGAUAAGAUGAGAUCCAUGAUAUAG